GACGACGCGUUUCUAAAGCUCAUUGCGCGGUCUCUGCUCGCAGAAACACAUAGAUAGAGUGUCCUGUUACUGAGCGUUGUAUGGAAAUCCGGGUUUGAAGCAUUGAGGAAUAGUUUCGCUCACUGUCGUCCCCUCCGCACUCGUCGCCACAUCAUAUCUGGCGUGCACUCGUAUUUCGUCCGUGAUCCCGUACCCCAGCCGGGUGAUCCGCUAGGCAGGCACUGCCACGCACUGGUGGUGUCAUCGACUGGUCGACUACUUCAGACUCUCAUUGUUCCAAUAGAGGUUUUUCUCCAUCACCUCCGUCACAUUUGAUUUGAUUCAAAGUGAAAAUGAAAAUCGCCCGGGUGCUUGCAUUACUCCCCCUCGCGUCCGCCUUUGUUAUCACGGAGACGGACGUCUUCCAAAACAUUGAAAAGACUGGAAGAGAGGUUAUCGACCAGACUCAAGGCGUCUUCGAGAAGACACAGCAUGUGCUUGACGAUGCUUUCGCAAAGGCAGUCGAGAGUGUGAAGGAAGUAGGUGAUAAGGCCUACCACAGGAUUCACGAGACUGGAUGCGAUGUUCAGUCUUGGUUGGAAGGCUCGUCCUUCGAGGAAUUCAUGGAUGUUUCUGAGAACCCAGACCAUCCCCACCAUCGCCCACACGACAAACCACCUCACCAUGGCCCGCCCCACCACGGAAGGCCGCAUCACCCUCCGCACCACGAGAAGCCGAACCAGACCGUGUACGAACUCAUCAGCAAGAGCAAGUACACCACUAAGCUUGCUAAGCUAAUUGGCGAUUACCCUGAUCUUGUCGACAGGCUGAACAGCACCAAAUCUAAUUAUACCGUGUUCGCACCUACCGAUGAGGCAUUCGAGAGAAUUCCCAAGCAUGGCAAGAAGCCUUCGAAAGAAUUCUUGGAGAAGGUUCUGCUGUACCACAUCAGCCCCGACUUCUACCCAGCUGGCCGUGUUCUGCACUCGUACACUAUUCCUACGCUUCUCGAGCCUGAGAGCUUGGGUCAUAAGCAGCGUCUCACCGUACGCGUGACCCUGAAGGGACCCACGAUCAAUUUCUACAGCAAGCUUGUCGCAGUCAACAUCUUCGGCACAAAUGGAGUUAUUCAUGGUGUGGAUCACAUCAUCGUCCCGCCUCCGCAAGUCGCUACUAUCAUCGAUCUUCUUCCGGGCGAGUUCAGCACUUUGGAGCUUGCUCUGGUCAAGACUGAUCUCUUGGACAAGAUGAAUAGCACCGACUAUCCUCACCAGGGAGGAACCUUCUUUGCGCCUUCGAACUUUGCGUUCAAGAAGCUCGGUCCCAGGGCUAACGCUUUCUUGUUCAGCCAGUACGGCUUGAAGUACCUCAAGGCUCUCCUCGAGUACCACAUUGUUGUUGACCAGACCUUGUACUCCGAUGCAUUCUUUGACCAGUCCGGAGAUGACGACGAGAAGACUGAUGACUAUCGCCAUUUCCAUGUCGAUCUGCCCACCGUCCUCAAGGACAAGUAUCUCUCCGUCGAUAGCGCAAGAUAUGGUCCCUUCGUCGAGAUAAGGAUCAAUGCCUUCUCGCGCGUAACCAUCCACGACGGCGUUGCCAGCGAUGGUGUCAUCCAGAUCGUGUCCGAUGUCUUGAUCCCGCCGAAGACGGAAGGAACAAAACAGAUGUACUGGACUGGUAAUGAGCUGAGCGUCGAGGACCUCAAGGAGAGGCUAGCGCCGUUCGUUGACGAGAGCCCCGAGUUGUAGGAGUGCAUGAAGUUGUAAUCUAGAGAAAAGCCAUGGGGAGGGCUUCGCUUACAGACGGAUGUCGAGUCCAUAGCUAUUCCGAAUGUACAAUUCUUUGCAUGACGAUCAUUUUGUUCUUCC